GCGCCCCGCCCCCGGCUUCCCGGCGGCCCCCGCGCGGCGGCCCCAGUUCCCGGCGUGCCUGGCGGCGGGCCCCGGAAGCGGAGGGCGUCCUUGGGGCGGAGCCCAGCGACCAUGGCGCCGCGAGUGUGGCCGCUGCUGAGGUUCCUGCUCAAGGGCGGCGUGGCGGGCGGCGCGGUGCUGCUGGCGGCGGAGCAGCAGCUGCUGGGGCCCGGCGAGCGCUCGCAGGCCGCGCUGCACAGGGCGGGGGAGCUGCUGCCGCCCGCCGCGCGCCGCCUGCGUCACUACGUCAGCGAGCACGUGGGGCUGCGCGCGCCGCAGCUCCCCGCCCUGCCCGCCUUUGACCUCUGCGUGCGCGACUCCUGGAACGCAGGCGUGGAGGCCGCCAUGUCCGCGCUGUCCGCCGCCCCCGCCAAGGCCGCCGCGCUGUGUCAGGACGGCUGGGACUUCGCGCGGAGCCGCCUCAAGUAGCCGCCGCGGAAGGACGGACGGACCCGGACCGGGAUGGACGGACGGCCCGCCCCGCCCCCGAAUAAAGCGCUUCCCGCACGUG